GUGUCGCAUCGAGAAGCUGCAACUUUUCUGCUGCAUAUCAUCAUCUGACUAACACAAUGGCCGAGACUGCUGGCAAGACCAUCACCUGCAAGGCUGCCGUUGCCUGGGAGGCUGGCAAGGAGCUGAGCAUUGAGGAUGUCGAGGUUGCUCCGCCCAAGGCGCACGAGGUCCGCGUGCAGAUCUACUACACGGGUGUCUGCCACACUGACGCCUACACUCUCUCCGGCAAGGACCCUGAAGGAGCCUUUCCCGUCAUCCUGGGACACGAGGGAGCUGGUAUUGUCGAGUCUGUUGGUGAGGGCGUCACCAACGUCAAGCCCGGCGAUCACGUCGUUGCUCUCUACACACCCGAGUGCAAAGAGUGCAAGUUCUGCAAGUCUGGAAAGACGAACCUUUGUGGCAAGAUCCGAGCCACCCAGGGCAAGGGCGUCAUGCCUGAUGGCACCAGCCGAUUCAAGUGCAAGGGCAAGGACAUCCUCCACUUCAUGGGAACCUCGACCUUUUCUCAGUACACCGUCCUGGCCGACAUCUCCGUCGUAGCUGUGCAGCCCGAGGCCCCCAUGGACCGGACGUGUCUGCUGGGCUGCGGCAUCACCACCGGCUAUGGCGCAGCCCGCGUCACCGCCAACGUCGAGGAAGGCUCCAACGUUGCCAUCUUCGGCGCCGGGUGCGUCGGCCUGUCAGUCGUCCAGGGAGCCGUCGUCAACAAGGCCGGAAGGAUUAUCGUGGUGGACGUCAACCCGGCCAAGGAGGAGUGGGCCAAGAAGUUUGGCGCUACCGACUUUGUGAACCCCAACGACCUCAAGGGCCAGACCAUUGUCGAGAAGCUGAUUGAGAUGACGGACGGUGGCUGCGACUACACCUUUGACUGUACUGGCAACGUCCAGGUGAUGCGUGCGGCUCUGGAAGCCUGCCACAAGGGAUGGGGACAGAGCAUCAUCAUCGGCGUCGCUGCUGCUGGCCAGGAGAUUUCCACUCGACCAUUCCAACUGGUCACUGGCCGUGUCUGGAAGGGCUGCGCUUUUGGCGGCAUCAAGGGACGCUCGCAGCUGCCCGGCCUCGUCAGCGACUACAUGAAUGGAGCUCUCAAGGUUGAGGAGUUCAUCACGCACCGCAAGACUCUUGGCGAGAUUAACAGCGCAUUCGAGACGAUGAAGCAGGGAGAUUGCAUUCGUGCUGUUGUUGACAUGCGGAAGUUGUAAAUGCACGGGUCUUACUGAUGAGCCAGGCUCCACAAUCUGUAUUGUAACUCAUGCCAAAUUGUAA